AAAAGUCCACAGAUGUUAUAAUAGAUUUACCAUACCAAAUUACCAUCUUUCUCCCUGUCUCUCGACUCCAUCCCCUUUUGUUCUCGCCGCCACCUCACUUUGUUGCACUCAUUGAACGUACUGCUUGUUUGUAAGCGUUCGUGUUUCGCCGCCACCUCCCUCGUCCCCCCGUGUCCGUCUUUUCUUCUCGCCGUCUUCUUCGUUUCUCCGUGCUUCAGGGUUUAUCAAUAUACGCAUUAUUCAGAAACCCUCUGAAUUUAACUAAAACUCGACAAUGGCGGAUUCGGAAGCGAAUGGAAAGAUUCAAAAACGUAAGCGAAAGCAGAAAAUCCAUGCCCAACCCGAAAAACCUUCCAAACUGCACCGUUUGGAGUCUGCUCAGAAGCCUCAGGACCCUGUGAUAUUUUCUACUCCAUGGAACAAUCUUCAACUGAUACUGUGUAUUCAAGACAAACAACUUGAUCUUCACAGUAAGGUCAAUCAAGCAUUCAAUUUUGUGCGUUUGAUAGUGGGUGAUGGUGCUGACAUUGAUCAGCAUUGUGAAACUGUAAAACUACCAAGACUACUAGGUUACCUUAAUGAUUGGAUCCUGACAGUGUUGUUCCCUCCAAAUGGGAAGGAAAACUGGGGUGACGGUAAAACACCUCAGCUUGAUAGAAUUGAUGCAUAUAUGGAUCUUCGUUGUUGGGAAAUUUUCAAGUUCUGCUUGCAGGAGUCUUUGAAGUUUCAUGUCUCUUUGAAUAUGUCGCGGAACCUCCUACAGACUGUCCAAUUUAUUGUAAAAAAUGCUCUAUCUCUGUUAGAGGACUUCUCUACCUGUUCAGAAGAACAUUUUAAAUCUGAUGAAAAGUUUAAACUAUACGAUACUGCUCUUGAUUGUAUUUCGUUGGUGUUCUCAUCCCAUGGCGGGUUGUCAAAUGAAAAUUUGGACUUAUGGGUUGAAACGACUGGGGCAGUGCUUGAGCUUGUCUUAAAAAUGUACAACAAGAACCUUGAUGGAAGCUGUGUGGGUGCUUGUGUAUUCCGUUUUUUGUGGUUGGUGCUUCAGCCCUUCUCCAAAUUUUUGAGGGUCCAUCCAGCUAGGAAAGGAUUUCAAAAUUUUGUGGACAAACUUCUUGAACCAUUGCUGCAUUUGUCCGGUGAGUUGCAUCUUCGGGUUAAUAGAAGUGAUCCCAUUUGGACAGGGAGAUUGGUGAAGGUGGUGGAAGAAGUUAUUUCUCACGGACUUUUUCAUCCAGUUCAUAUUGAUGAAUUUUUAAGCUUACAUGGUUCAGAAAAGUAUGCCGCUUCAUGUGAUGAUAAACCAAAAGAUUCAAAAGCAACCAUUAAGAGUUAUCAUAGACAUUUGUUUGAUGUGCUGAACAAAAUUAUAUCCAGAAAGAAUGCUAUAGCAAUGGGUAGCUUAGGUUUGUUAUUUCGCUUGUUUGCCGAUUCCGCAAGAAAGUUCAAGGGAACCUUGGUUUUGCAUGAAGGGAGCAAUACUACGGAGAAAGUAAAUGAUUCAAGGCCACCUGUGCCAGGAGAAUCUUGUAGCUCCAAUAAUAUUUCUGCAGAUACUCAAAAAUCCCUUUUUAAUUUUUUGGUACUGAUUAUGGAGCCUCUUUUGCUCGAGAUGAAUGCCUUUCUCCAAGCUAAAAUAGACGCCAAGCUCCUUUUUUCUGAUCUUUAUGGUAUACUAAAGUCUAUUGGCAAUUUGCUUGCUAGUUUUAUGCAAGAGAAAGUAUAUGUGAAAACAGAGGACACAUCUGGAGGAGCUUGUCUUAAUUUCUUGAAGAAAAUAUUUAAUACCUUAAUAGCUAGUUCCACUAGUAUACUCUGCUUAUCCAACUACGAUACAACUGAUGUGACGGGGAUGGAAACAUUUUUUUUAUCCGCUAACGAGAUAUUAGUUGCAAUGGGCUACCUUUUGGAAAUUGAAUAUGAGGUUAUUGGAGAAGAUUUGGUGAAUUUAUGGCUUAUUUUGUUAUCAUACUCCACCGUCAAUUGCAAUAUGGCAAGUGCUUUUGAUCGAAGCUCAUUAUCUUCAACUAUUCCUGCCUUGGGAUGCCAAAUAGUUAAUCUCUACAGUCAACUUCGCCAGGUGCAAAUUGCCAUUCUAGCAUUGUGCAAAGCGCUAAGGCUUAUGACUUGUGACGGUGAUGCUGAAGAAAGUUCUUCUAAGUUAUUGACAUUUCUGUCUAAUAAUGUUUAUUCCGAAUCAGUUGAAAGACUGUUAUCUUCACAUAAGUUCAUCCACACUAUUUAUAAAGCCAUGGAAUCUAUUCCAGAAGGGCAAGUGAGUGGGUUUAUUAGACAGGUAACCGAUGAUAUAUCUGAAACUCUUAGGUGGAUGAAAAACUGCUCUCCAUCGGCUGAUGGAAACAAAUUGAGAAUGAUUAAUCUGCAUGCAGAACUCUUGGGUAGAGGGCUCUCUAGACUGUAUUCUUUAGUGCUUGAUUCAGCCACUAUAACUGAAGGCAAUAGCAAUCUUGUUGGAGUUGCUGUUAAAGAACUUAUGUCAGUAUUGCGUCCCUACUUGAGUAUUCUAGUUGUACAACAACCAGAUACUAUUUCCAAGUUUUUUUCAUCUAUAUUAGGAGAAACUGCUGAUCGGGCUGUUGGAAAGGACAAAGUUUUGAAGAAAUUUGGCAGGUCCAGUCAAUGGGUCUUUGUGCUCUUUUUGCAAUUGUUUUUGUCCUGCCGAAGCUUGCUUAGGCAAGCAAUCAGCCUCGCGCCUCCUAGUCUAUCAAAAAAAAUGUCAGCCGAGAUGGGGGAUUAUUCAGCAUAUUCUGCCUUUGAGUUGAUGAAGAGGACUGAUGAGACUGACAUUGGUUUCUUCUCAUGGAUUGCCCAACCUUCUGCCUCCCUCCUUGUUGUUAUGCAAUUAAUUUCAGACUUCUAUCUAAAGUAUGGCUUCAAUGAUUCCUCCCCUUUGGUUUAUAUCUUUCAGUCUAUGGCUCUUCAGAGGCUUGUUGACUUGAAUAGGCACAUUGUAUUGUUGAAGUAUUUGCAAAAGAAGCUUUAUAGAUCACAAAUCAAGGCCCUGAAGGAAGAGGCUGCUGGACUGACUAAUUUUAUUAUGGAAAACUUAUCGUGUGUGUAUCAGUCCCCGAUCUUGGUUUCUGAUGAUGUUAAGAGUGAAGAUUUAGUUUCUUUGGCUCCUCAAAUCAACAAAUGGAAUCAGGGAAUUUAUGUUGCUAACAAAAAUUCAUUGCCAAUAGCCAUUUGGUCAAAUCUCUGCAAAAAUGUUGAUAUUUGGGGAAAUCAUGGUUCCAAGAAGCAGUUGAAAAAAUUCUUCUCACAUUUACUUCAAACUUCCCUUCAUUGUGUAUCAAACAGUUUUCAAGAGCCAGACAUGCAAGAUAACUGUAAGCUGCUCAAGAGAGUCACUUUGCCGCAUAUAUCAGCAGACCUUCUAAGUGAUUCAAUUUUGUAUGAGCUAAAGUUUGCCCACAGGAAUCUAGCCACAAUCUUUUGCAGUGCUUUAGAGAAAUCUGUAUUACCACUGUUUAGUAAUAUCACAUGUACUGCUGUCGAGCUUGGGUCAGUACCUAACUGGAUCGAGUUUUUAAGGGCCCUCGACAACUCAAAAGAGGUUCCAGUUGAUUGUUCUGCAGUUAAAAUGCCGGUCAAUCAUUCAUGUGAUAAGCUUCAUGCAGAUAUCAGCAGCAGAGAAAAUGCCUCCCCUCUUACCAUCAAGAGUUUCACAGAUUGCCACCAUUUGCUUAAUCUUUUAACUUUGAUGUCAGAUGUCAAUGCAGGAUCAUUUUCACAUAUUGUGUCUUGUAUUUUCAACCUUGAAAGGCUUCUUGUAAAUGCCUUGAUAUAUUUUCAGACCACAGUGUACCAGGACUAUCAUUGUGAGUAUUUGAGGUUAUUUGUCUCUUGCCGGAAGGCCUUAAGAUAUAUAUUAAUGGGUUUAAGUGAGAAGACACACACCGUCCGUUCCUCACCAAACUCGGUUAUUUCUGAAAGUUCAUAUCCUGUUUUGUGGUUUUCAAAGUCAUUAACUGUGAUUGCUGGAUUUCAAGAGGUAUUCUCAGCAGAAAAUAUUCUAUUUAAAUCUCUGGUGUUUUCUUUAAUGGAUCACACUGCAUAUGCCUUGUUGGGCAUUGGAAAACAUCAAUAUAUCCAAGCUUUUUGUUUUGAUAAAGAAGCUGAGAUACCUUGUGAAGAGAUCUCUGAUCACAAAAUUAAUCAUACAGAGAAUCAAUUGCUUUCAUCUUCUCAGCAUGUAGAUUCUUCCAAGCUUGAGCCAUUGAAGUGUUUAACCUUAAUAGCUCAGAAUUUGAAAGAGCAGAUGCAAAAUUUACUUGUAUCUCAAAAGGGUAUUCUUUGCCAUGUCAAUGUGGGACAUGGUCUUACUUGUGAAAACAUGAAUAGAUUGUCUUCGGCAGUUUCAUGCUUUAGUGGAGUUUUGUGGGCCCUAACAUCUGCCCUGGGUCAAACUGAUGCUAAAGAUAGUGGUUAUAAAGAAAAAGUGUUGAUGUGGAAACAUGAACAUGGCUCUGAACUAAAUAGUUGUAGAUUUUCUUUUGUGGAAGUUGUUAAUUUUUUCAUAGACAAAUUGCUCAGCGAGAAUAAUCAACUCUCCAAAAACUUACAUGAUACCCAGAAUUUUGAGAAGCCAGCCUUCAACUUAUCUGGUACAAAGUAUUUGUCAUCUAAAUAUUCUGUUUCUAAGACAAAUGGCUCAGCUGGAAUGCAAAAAGAACCUAAAACAGAUAAUGUCUCCGAAAGUGGCAGUGAUGUUGAAAUAAUGUCAAAUCCUGAAAGUGUAAACUUUGUUGCCAGUAUUUUGGCUAGGAAUGAUUCCCCUGAGCCACUGGGUUUGAAUAAACCUUUGUUACAAAGCUUGGUAAAAGGUGAUAAUCCUGAAGUAGCUGUUUUACUAAGACAACUGUUAAUAGCUUCGUCGUCUCUUUUGAGGCUAAAUUUGCAGAUGGAUGAUUCGCCGUUGCCUUCAAGUUGUGUGCCUGCAUUUAUUGAGAUCUCACAAGUAUUGUUAUUAGAAUUUACAGAGAUGGUUGGGGUCCCACAACAAUCUGCUUUUCUUUUGUUAGAUGGUGCUCUCAGCUAUCUGAGAGAAUUAGCAAGUUAUUUUCCUUUCACAGAUCCUACCUCAUCGAGUAAAGUUUAUACAAAAUUAGUACAAAUUCACAUGAGGGCAAUAGGCAAGUCCAUAUUGUUGCAAGGAAAGAGGGCAAAACUAACCUUGCACGAAAGACAGUCGAGCACAAAGACACUGCAUAAAGGACCAUUUGAAGCUUGCUCUUCUAAUGAGAUGCACUACUUUUGCUUGAAUGAAUUGAAAACUAGGUUGCGGGUGUCAUUCAAAGCUUUUAUAGAGGGGCAAUCGGAGUUGCACCUUUUGUCUACUAUACAGGCCAUUGAGAGAGCACUAGUUGGAGUACAAGAAGGAUGCACUAUAAUCUAUGGCAUAAAAACAAAUAAAGAUGGGGGUGAAAUUUCAACACUUGUGGCAGCUGGCAUUGAUUGCUUGGACAUGAUUCUCGAAUUUGUUUCAGGUCGGAAAGGCUUGAAGCUGAUCAAAAGACACUGUCAGAGCUUAGUAUCUGCUGUUUUCAACAUUAUUGUGCAUUUACAGAGCCCACAUAUAUUUUAUGUUAACUUGAGAUGUAAAACAGUUGCCGGUACUCCAGAUCCAGGGUCAGCCAUUCUCAUGUGUGUUGAAGUGCUAACUACAGUUUCAAGGAAACAUGGUCUUUUCUCAAUGGAUGUGUGUCAUGUGGGUCACAUGUUACAUAUCCCCGCUGCACUCUUUCAGAAUUUCCAUCAGCAUAGAAUUUCUAAAGCUUCUCGUCCUUCAGAUUCAUUUAUGGUCUUGGAAGAGCAAAAUUCUCAUUCAGAAGAUGGAGUGAAUUUCUGUCAUGUAGAUCACCAGUUCACAAUUAAUCUAUUUGUUGCUUGUUGUCAACUAUUGUGCACCAUUAUAAGGCACCGUCCAAGUGAGUGCAAACAGUGUGUUGCCCAUCUUGAAGCCUCUGUCACUGUUCUUCUUAAUUGCUUGGAGACAGUUUUAGAGAACAAAUCAACAGUGAAUGAAGGUUGGUUUUGUUGGGAAGUAGAAGAGGGAGUGAAAUGUGCUUGUUUUCUUCGAAGAAUAUAUGAAGAGAUAAAACAACAAAAAGAUGUAUUUGGUCGGCAAUGUUGUCUAUUUUUAUCCAAUUACAUAUCAGUUUAUUCAGGAUAUGGUCCCAGGAGAAGUGGUAUCAGAAGAGAAAUAGAUGAAGCUUUACAACCUGGUGUCUAUGCUUUGAUAGAUGCUUGCUCCGUUGAUGAUCUUCAAUAUCUUCACACUGUUUUUGGAGAGGGACCUUGCAGAAGUACCUUGGCAACUCUUCAACAUGGUUACAAACUCAAUUUUAAAUAUGAAGGAAAAGUGUGACCUUGAAACUCUGUUGAUGGUAAAUUUUUGUGUCCUCAUUUUAUUACCACACAGAACGCUUUCCGCUGCGAUUGAUAACUUAAGUUUCAUGUAAUAUUUAUGGAAAGCCAACUUUGUUGUUGUGGGGAACCGUGUUUUGUCAAUUUUGCACGUUGUGACAGAACUCGGUUUACAACAUUCCGGGUGGCCAUUUUUCAAAGUCCCCAUCUAUUGGGUUGUGGGAGACACAUUAUACUGAGGAAAUUUUUAGCGCCAUUGAUGUCACUAGGUUCAGCUGUAAUAGUUCCACAGUCAACACUAUCAUAGAUAAUUAUUUAACUGAUUCUUGUAUUUUUUUUUCAUUCGUAGUAUGAAGAUAACUUAAACUAAAUUGUCCAAUUUUGCUGUUGUCUAAUUGGAAAUUUUGUGACAAUGGUGUACUUGUCCGAUCAUUUCAGUGAUAACAUUAGCAAUUCAAAUAUACAGAAACUGGUUAACUCUGCUUGAAGUUUGUGAUAUCAGUUGCCAGUGUUGAAUAUUAGGCAAUGAGGUGUAUCAACAGCUGAUUUCUUGUAGGCCAUAUGCUUCCAAAUAUGAUGUAACAUUUAAUAUCCAAUAAUUUAUCUUAGUCCCAACUGUUUUUUGUACGGGAAUAAGUUCUGACAUUAGAAUAUUUUUCCUGUUUUUCCUAUAUAGUGAUAGUGAUAUAAGACAAAUUAAACUUCUACACUCCGUAAAAGUCAAUUCUGAGUCACAGAAAUAGUGAGUCCGGAAUGUGGAUUUACCUUUUGGUUAAUUAGUACAAACAAAUAAAUCAUUUUUUAUGUUCUUGUGAAUGAUCAAAUGAUAAUCUGUACUACAAUUAUUUUAUGUUAAAAUAGAAGUAUUGGAAUCGUACACUUCAUACCAAACGGCAAACACAGCCUUAAGUCAAAUUUUCUAUAAAUGCUAUAUUGACCCCACCGUUGUGUAUGUGUGAUGAUAUUAUCUUCUUUCUCACGGAAUGUGAUAGCCUAACUAAAAAGAUAAUAUUAAAUGAGCAACUACCAAAAAGUUAUGUGGUGGACAAUAAUGUUAUGAAUAAUUAUCCGUUUUUGUUUAGAUUCCACCUGUUUUUAUAAAAUUCCAUGUUGAUAUGGUUGGGGCAAUUCCCUUGUCAUCAUUGUAUGCUCCAACUUCAUCAUUGUGAAUCCCUUCUAUAAACUCAUCCAUCCCAUUUUCUGAGGCUUCUAUUCUAAUCAAUUGAUGGGUUAUUACUAUUGUAAACCCAGGGCUAAUGAUGCUCAUACUUCAAAUGUUGUUCUGAUCUUGGCUGUGGCGUUGAUUCUUUUGGCUAUACCAAAGAUCUUCUCUGGUGAACAAGAGGAAGAAGCUGAAGAAGAGAGUGGUUCCUCACCUUUUGUAGUACCAAUAAUUGUAAUUCUGAUCUUGCUUUUGGUGUCAUGGUUGGGAAGUUCUAGGAAAAGGGUUUGUGCCAAGCCAAGAUACUGUCACUGCACCCAUGCUUGCUACUGUUACUGGUAGGUAGUGUUUGUCCAAGAGCUUGGUGGUGGGUGAUGAUUGAAUUGUUUGUAUUUUGUUCUAUCACCCCAUUAUCUGUGCUUGUUAUUUGAGUCUCUUCCAAUGUUUCAUAUCAACCAUAGUUUUCUGAUGUAUUAGUAUAGUAUUAUUUUUAACGUUAUAAUAUAAUAUAAUGUUAUAUUUUAUA